GGCUGGGAGGGAGCGCGAGGUAGUUCUUCGCCCGUUUCGCGCCUGCUCUGCCCCGCGCGAGUUCCUGCCUGAUUGACAGGCCUGCUCCAUCUAACUUGUUGGCAGGAUUAGCUGGCGGAGCUGUGCCCCUUUAAAUCAUGAAGCCUCCCAGGUGAGCUGUGCUGCUAAGCAAAAUUUUGAUGCUCCUAACAAAAUGAGAUGCAAGAUUCCUGUUAUUCUCCUUGCCUGUGGUUCCUUUAACCCCAUUACAAAUAUGCACCUGCGUUUAUUUGAAGUGGCUAGAAAUCAUCUUCACCAAACAGGAAUGUACCAGGUGAUUGAAGGCAUAAUUUCACCAGUAAAUGACAAUUAUGGAAAGAAAGAUCUUGCAGCUGCAAAACACCGAGUCUCCAUGGUACGACUGGCACUACAGACAUCCAGCUGGAUUCGAGUGGAUCAGUGGGAGAGUGAACAAAAGGAGUGGAUAGAAACAGUAAAAGUGUUAAGACAUCAUUACAGUGAAUUGCUCAGGAAAGAGGCCACAAAUUUCAAAGCAGGUUCUGAAAUACCUACUGAAGAUAUUGCCACUCCAGCAUAUACAGCUGCUCCUGAGUUAAAGCUGCUCUGUGGUGCAGAUAUCCUGAAGACUUUUCAAACCCCCAACCUCUGGAAAGAUGAACACAUCCAAGAAAUAGUUGAAAAGUUUGGCUUAGUAUGUGUUAGCAGGGCUGGCCAUGACUUUCAGCAAUAUAUCUCUGAAUCAGCCAUUUUAACUCGCUAUCAACAUAAUAUACACCUAGUUAAGAAUGUGGUACAGAGUGAUUUGAGUGCCACAUAUGUAAGACAAGCCUUGUACCAAGGACAGAGUGUGAAGUAUCUGCUUCCAGACUCAGUCAUUUCUUAUAUUAAAGACCAUGACCUCUACCGGGAAGAGGGAAAAUAAAUAUAAUUAAAGGAAUGGAAUGAUGAAGGAAAAGUGAUGUUAAGAAGUUGUUACGGCUUCUUUAUUCUACAUGUGAAAUUCGGUUCCACAGUUAUUAGAAACUUUCAGAGUUUGCACAAAUAAUAAGUUUUUUUUUUUUUAAGUAUGGCAAAGUAUUCCUUGUUCAUACAAUAUCAGGAUUGUGCAUAUGGAAUUUUUUAAUGAGUCUUUAAGCACAAUAUACUCUUCUUUAUUAGAGAUAUUUGACACGAUAUUGAUUACUUUAGAAUGGACUUGGUAAGCUUUUGUUUUGAAAAAAAUAAUACUAAUAGAGCAAAAUCAUAAUGGGAAGUUUAGUUGUGACAAGUGUGGACUCUUUGACUGUAUAUUCAGCACUUUCCUAAGCAGUAUUUGAUAUUCCACAGAGAACUAUUUAAGAGGAAUACAUUUCUAUUUGGUAUUGAAAAUUAAGCUAUUUUCUAAGCAAAUGUUUUUAUGUAUUUUAAUAUAAUAAAUAUUUUAAUACUGUUUUUAGCAGGAAACAUGAUAUUCCUGACUGUAAAUGCCAAUGUUCUCAUUUUCAAGAUUUCUUUAAAAAAAAAAAAGUUGAUUCAUUUAAUUUUAAUAGGAUCUUUUGAGUGUUUCAUGUCUGCAUAUUGGCAAACAAAAAAUAAAAUGACAUCACAAAGUCCUAA